UUCUUGUUUGCUCUAAGAGGAGGGGCUGCGUCCCGUGAAAAAGCGGAACAAUUUCGGAAACUAGAACUUUAUCAAAGUUCUUUUUACACCAGAUUGCCUAUUCUGUGUCCUUGCUCACCUGCAGACAUUGGUCAAAACCUCCCAAAAUGUCCAAGAAAGUAGCUGUAGUUACAGGAGCAAACAAAGGCGUCGGACUCGCUAUUGUGAAAGGGCUGUGCAAGGCGGGUUUCGCGGGAGACAUUCUCCUCACCGCACGCAAUGAAAAACUGGGACAGGAGGCUGUUUCUGCACUGCAUUCGGAAGGGUGCAAAAAAGUCGUUUUCCAUCAGCUCGACAUCUGUGACCAGGGAAGCUGUUUAAAACUCCGCAAGUUUCUGGAGGAGAACUACGGCGGCCUGGAUGUGCUUAUUAACAAUGCGGGAAUCGCGUUCAAACAGGCAGCGACAGAGCCAUUUGGAGAGCAGGCUGAGGUGACCAUGCGUACCAACUUCUGGGGAACCCUGUGGGUGUGCCAUGCCCUCCUGCCAAUCCUGCGACCCAGUGCUCGGGUGGUCAGUGUGUCUAGUUUUGUCAGCAAGAGAUCACUUGAUCAGUGCAGUGCUGAAUUACAGGCAAAAUUAAGAAGUUCAGAUACUUCAGAAGAGGAGCUGUGCCUGUUGAUGGGGGAGUUUGUUAGUGCUGCACAGAAAGGGGACCAUCAAGCUCAGGGUUGGCCAAACACCGCUUAUGGUACCACCAAGAUCGGUGUGACUGUGCUUUCAAGGAUCCAGGCACAUGUUCUCACUGAGACGAGGCCGGGAGACGGUAUUCUCCUGAAUGCUUGCUGUCCAGGGUGGGUGCGGACAGACAUGGCUGGACCAAAAGCUCCCAAGAGCCCAGAGGAAGGAGCGGAGACUCCUGUCUAUCUGGCCAUGCUGCCUGUUGGAGCCAAGGAGCCACAUGGACAGUUAGUGUGGGACAAGACUGUACAGGAAUGGUAGAAAGAAGAGCCACAUUAUUAGUUCAUUCCAUCUGAAAAAACAUCAUGAUUUCCAUUUUUGUAAAUUGUUCUUGUAACUGGUUUAAAAGAACAUUUCAUAUUUUUUUCUUUCAUACCUCUGCCAUAUGAAUAUACUUGUAUCUCUGUGCAGUUUAUUAUAUGCUCAUUAGCUGGAUGACUUGAAUCCUUAUGGACUUGAUUUAGCUCCCAUAAUCAAGCUUUUAGGUAAUAAAAAGAUAAUGGCUUGUAAACUUUAGUAGUAUAUAGCCUUUAGUGGACUCAAUAGAACUAUUUGCACUUUAUCUACAUUUAGCAAAGGUUGUGCCAUGCUCUAUAAGUGCAUAUUCAUAAAUUAAACAUGUAUCAUAUCAUGCCAUUUAUUUUUGUCACUAAAAAGUUUAAGCCUGAUUGCAUUGACAUUCUGUUUGAUCUCUUAUCAUAGGAUACUUGAAUAUCUUAUUUCACUUUUACAUUUGACACACACAUUGGAAUAAAUUGACUGGUCACUGAUCUGCCCUUCAGAACGACACCCACCUCACCUCACAAUAACUGAUGAAUAAAAUGACCUUGAUUUUAG